AUGGCGAAAGAUGCUCGGGACAGCUGGGGGAGCCCCAUGGAGUUUGUUCUGGCCUGUGUUUCCUAUGCCGUCGGACUGGGAAACGUGUGGAGGUUUCCUUACCUCUGUCAAAUGCACGGUGGAGGGGGAUUCUUGAUACCAUAUCUCAUCAUGCUGGUCCUGGAGGGCGUGCCUUUGUUCUACCUGGAGCUCGCCAUUGGUCAGAAGAUGCGUUUAGGCAGCAUCGGGGCGUGGACUGCUAUAAGCCCAUAUUUAGGAGGAGUUGGCCUUGCCAGCGUUGUGACAUCUUUGUACUUGUGUCUCUAUUACAACAUUAUCAAUGCUUGGAGUUUCUGGUACCUCUUUCACUCAUUUCAAUCAGUCUUGCCCUGGGCAGUCUGCCCUGCCAAUUCCAACCUGACCGGACCUUUAGAAGAGUGUGAAAAAGCAACACCCACUCAGUAUUUCUUCUACAGAGAGACCCUUAACAUCUCGCCCUCUAUUGAGGAGAAUGGAGGCCUUCAUAUGGGCCAGGCACUCUGCUUCCUGCUUGCGUGGGUGAUAACUUAUCUAUUCAUCGUCCGGGGCAUAAAGUCGACUGGAAAGGUUGUCUACUUCACUGCAACAUUUCCAUACCUUGUCAUGUUGAUCUACUUGAUCCGAGGGAUGACUCUUCAUGGAGCUUUGAAUGGUGUCAAAUACAUGUUCACACCUAAGAUGGAAGAACUUGCCAAUCCUACCACUUGGAUCAAUGCAGCCACUCAGAUCUUUUUCUCCCUGGGUUUGGGCUUUGGCUCGCUCAUCGCCUUUGCCAGCUACAACCAGUACCACAACAACUUUGAGCGUCAAGCCAUCAUUGUCUCUUUUAUCAACAGUGGAACCUCCAUCUUCUCCGCUAUUGUCACGUUUUCCAUAUAUGGGUUCAAGGCCACUGUCAACUAUGAGACCUGCUUGGAGAGGACUCGCAUUCUGCUGCUGAACACUUUCAGUCUACCUGAAGCCAACAUCACGAUUGACAAUAUUUUUGAAAUGAUUGAGAAGCUGAACUCUACAUAUCCAGUGCAGUUCGCUGAACUAAAACUGGAAGACUGCAGCCUUGAGAAGGAGCUAAGCACUGCCGUAGAGGGGGCAGGUCUAGCCUUCAUAGUCUACAGUGAGGCCAUAAAGAACAUGCCAUUGUCCCAGCUGUGGUCCGUGCUGUACUUUUUCAUGCUUCUGCUGUUGGGAAUGGGCAGCAUGCUGGGAAACAUCACAGCCAUUAUCACCCCGCUGCGAGACUUCAAGGUUGUGGCCCGCAUUAGCGAUGAGGUCUUUAACGGUGGGGUGUGUUUGCUGUGUCUUCUCCUUGGCCUGGGCUUCACAACAACAUCAGGAAACUAUUGGUUUACCAUGUUCAAUGACUAUGGAGCCACUUUCUCCCUGUUGUUCGUCGUCCUCAUUGAGGUCAUAGCGGUCAGCUAUAUUUAUGGAAUCAGAAGGUUUGAAAAAGAUAUAGAAGACAUGCUUGGUCAUCGUCCUAACUGGUACUGGAAGAUCAUGUGGGCAGGAGUCAGCCCCCUUCUUCUCAUCUGCCUAUUCGUGUUCUAUGUUGUGAACUACAUCCAAGGUGGAACGCCUACCUACCAAGCAUGGAACAAAGACCUGGGGAAAUCUGAGCAGACGGAGUAUCCAGUCUUUGGUCAGGCUUUCAUCGGACUGCUCCUGGUAUCGUCAGUGAGCUGUAUUCCUCUCACAGCUUUGUACGUCUUUUGCCAAAGGAAAAAACAUGCGCAGCAACAUAAGCAACAGCUCACUGUGAAUACAGUUGCUGCUUAGAGACUGAGCGGGACAGGGAUGAACUUCUUACCACAACCGUUCUGACUGAAAAAAUGAGACUGUGGAUUGUAUAAAGAAAAGAUGGCAAGCAAUAAGCACCCGUUUAUGUUUUGUAUUAUAUUAUCUGUGCUAGUUCAAUUUGACGUGAGCCAAAGCUUUUCAAGAUUUGUCAUGAAGGUAAAGGUGUUUUCUGAAUAACGUGGGCUUGCUGGAGAAAUCCAGAUGCAGGCAUGAGAUCUUUCUUUAUUUAUCAGAUAUAUUUUUCACUGAAUCAACUGUUGCUUUGAGCCAAUCAACAACCAGUACUGUGGUCUGAGUCUAACGUUUUCUGUACAGAGCAAGAAGGACUCCUUAAACCCUUUUAACUAGUUUACACAUCUAAACUGAGGAACCUAAUGUAGGUUUUGUCAUUGGUGUAAAUAAAGUGUAGUUUGUCUGAUUGUCAGACGUUUUUAACAAAUAUAGCUGUAUUCAGUAUUUUAUAUGAAUUUGGUUCCCUAUUUGUGUGAUAAUGAAAUGAAUGUAUCUUUGUUCCCAAAACAAGGAGCUAUUGAAUGUAGGCUUUUAGAUUUUAUUUUCAUAUCUAAUUUUUUUUUAUAAAUAUAUUUUAUACUUUUUUUAGGGCUGCACUGUCGCCUCACAGCAUGAUGUGAACUAGUUCAAAUUAUAGCUGAGGUAUUUUUGUAUAAAGCACAUUUUCCUACAUGAGUGCAUUGAUCUCCUGGCUCAUAGAGUUGGAUCUCACAUUAAUUGGUCUUGUUUGUUUUAAUGUGAUAGGGUUUUUUAUUCAACUGUGUCGUCACGGUGAUCAAGUGUUAAACAAGUAGCCUACCUUGUGGUUGUUACCUCCUGAAAUACACAGUCGCCUCCAACGACUCUAACGCCAGCGGCUGUUUUAAAAAUGGUUGAAACUAAAUAACCAUCCAUUUAAUUCUAAUCAAACAAAAAAACAUAAUUUUGCUCUUCGUAUGUGUUCUUCAUAUUAGCUUUAUGUGUUUAUUAUUAUUAUUUCAGCAGUUGGGCCUUUUAUGUUAAACAAAUAUACAAUAGGAUUGUAUGUUUUCUGGAAAAAUUACACAAGAGCGGCUGAAUUAAGAUCACAGUGAGAAAAUAUGUUGGAGAAAGAAUUAAAUGUUUAGACUGAAUAUUGCAGUAAUAUGAUAAACUGUGUAAAAACUUUCAAAAGCAGAUUUAUAUAUUUGUUGUUUAAAGAAUGUGUCAGAAAUUGUUGUUCUUUAUGAAUCAGUUUUCUUAUAGUAAUUGUACAUGUGCCAUUUUUAGUAAAGAAAAUCCAUUACAUUACAUUUCACAGAUUUUGUGUCCGAUUAUCAAAACUAAAUUGUUUGUCUUCGACACUCCCAGCUACUGGUAUUCAAAAUAUGAAUCAGUUGCUCUUUGAUUGCUUGUAAAGAAAUGCAUUUUGCUUUUUUUUUUUUUAUUCAGUCUGCGAAAUAAGAAGUCAGUAUUCAUCACAGACAAUCAGCAGCUAUUGAGAAUGAUUUCCUGUUAAAUGUUCUAAACAUUUUACACUACCUUGUUAUUGUUUUUCGUUUUUCUUUUUUCUUUUUUUUUUGAAGGCGGGGGGGGGUUGCUUUUACAAAUAAAUACAAAACUGA